AUGCAUCUCUUCGCAGCAGCAGCAGCAGCAGCCCUGCAGGCCCGGCAGACCGUCAACGAAGACCUACCGCCCAGCUUUGACAGAGACGACGACGACGACUACUACCACUGGUGGUACAGCCGAGAGGGCCGCAUCGUAAAAUGGUCCCUCUUCCUCGCCUUCUUCCUCCUCCUCAUGGGCUACCUCAUCGGCGGCUACCUCCACGCCAAGCGUCGCCUCAAGAAGGGCCUCCUGCCCCUCGCCUACCACCGCUGGAUGGUCCGCCGCGCCGUCCUCGCCCAGGUCGACCCCCGCUACGGACGCCCCCACCAGCAGCCGGCCUACUACGCCACCUACCGCCCCGGCUACGGCGAAGCCUACGCGCAGGGCCAGGGCCACGGCGGCUACGGCAUGCAGAACAUGCCGCCCCCGCCGCCCAUGUAUGACCCCUCCUCGGCGAGGCCGCCCAUGUAUGUCCCGCCCGAGGGCGGGAGCAAGGUCGACCCGUCGCAGACAUAUGGGCGUGAGAGCUAUGCGCCGCCGGCUGGGCCGCCUCCACCUCAGCAGCAGACGGGCGUCGCGACGAAUACCACGGGGAACACGAAUCCGUUUCUCGAUAGGCCGCAGGCGUGA